CCCAAAGGUUUCCCCCCUGGGCCAUGGAAGCUGCCCCUGCUUGGGAAUCUGCUUUAUUUCAGUCAGAGGGAGCCUCUCAAGAAGUUGGAUCAGGUAUCCUGACAUUAAGAUAUGGUGAAAUAUGGAAAGAGCAAAGAAGGUUUUCACUGAUGCUCCUCAGAAACUUUGGAAUGGGCAAAAAAUCAAUGGAAGAAAAGAUCCUGGAGGAGGCAUCAUAUUUGAUUCAAGUGUUUACAGAAAACAUAAGUAUGCCUUUUGGCCCUUAUGAGUUUGUGGACUCUGCAGUCAUCAAUGUAAUUUCUACAAUACUCUUUGGGAAACGUUUUGAAUAUGACAACAUGUUCCUCAGGACUCUGCUGGAUGACAUACAUCAAAGUUCCAAAAUGACAACAGGACCCUGGGGAUUGCUUUACAAUGAGAUGCCCUUGGUGAGAAGCCUUCCCCUGCCCCACCAGACAAUACUAGCCACCGGAAAGAAAGUAGAUGUUUUUAUUAAAAAGGAGGUGGCAGAGCACAAGGCGACCAUGACUCCCGGAGAACCGCGAGAUUUCAUUGAUGCAUAUUUAGAAGAAAUGCAGAAGCCAGAGAGGAGUGGUUCAAGCUUUGAAGAAGGACAGCUAGAAAUCUUACUGUCUGAUCAUCUUGUGGCUGGAGCAGAGACAACGUCAGGAACACUGCAGUGGGGGUUGCUGUAUUUGAUGGCCUUUCCAGAGAUCCAAGGACCGAGAGUCUGCUUAGGAGAAAACCUUGCUCGGAUGGAGCUUUUCUUCUUCUUCACCAGCAUUCUCAGGAACUUCCAGCUAUUGUGGCCAGAUAAAUCCCAAGCUCCAGAUUUCACACCACACUUUGCAAUUACUCAAUUCCCAUCCCACUUUAAGAUGCUGCUGAAAUGUCGCCAGUCCUGUGAAUAGAAUCCUUUAUUUGUUAUUGGCCAAGCGGGAUCGCGCGUGCGCGCGCGCAGACACACAGACACACACAGACACACAAACACAGAAUUUGUCUUCGGUGCAUAAGCUCUCAGUGUACAUAAAAGUUAAAAGUUAAAUAAAUCAUGAUCAUAGUCAUCAUAAAAAUAUAUUCCUCAUAGUCAUAAGACACAACAUGAUCACAACAUGACCUCGUAGAUGACCCCCACUCUGUCAAGGACCUGGGAGUACUCAUCUCAAAUGAUCAAAGUGCCAAAGGCAUUGAGAAUUGUAAAUCUAAUCUUGCGAAGCUUCUUCUCUGGUAAUAUUGAACUGCAAACCAGAGCCUACGAAACUUUUGCUA